GCGAUCCACAACCUCUGAAUUUGCCUAGUAACGAUGAAUUCGUCGAGAAAAUGCAUGAAAUAGCUUCCUCUCAAAUGUUUGAACAUCUGAUCAAAGUUAACAAAUUAGAAGAAGCAUUUGAAGACGAAUUUGGUGAAGAUUGUAGUCAAGUUAUACAAUUUAUCAAAGAACUUAUCCAUUCGCAAGAGGAGAAUGAUCAAGAGAUUCAAGAGGGAGGAAACCCCGAAGCUUCGACAAACGUUCAGGAGAAUGAUCAAGAGAUUCAAGAGGGAGGAAACCCCGAAGCUUCGACAAACGUUCAGGAGAAUGAUCAAGAGAUUCAAGAGGGAGGAAACCCCGAAGCUUCGACAAACGUUCAGGAGAAUGAUCAAGAGAUUCAAGAGGGAGGAAACCCCGAAGCUUCGACAAACGUUCAGGAGAGAAGAAAGAGGAAAUACCAAGGCGAACCCCAGGAGUGUCUGUACGAGAUUGUUGCAAACAAACGCAGUUGUAUUGAUGUGGACAAGUGGGACUAUUUUGCGCGUGAUUGUCAUAUGCUUGGGAUCUCAAACAGCUUUAAUCACAAUCGCUAUAUGAAUUUUGCUAGAGUAAUUAAGGUCGAAGGAAAAUAUCAGAUAUGCAUGAGAGAUAAGGAGGUUGGAAAUGUGAUAGAGAUGUUCCGCACAAGGAAUAGCCUUCACCGUAAUGCCUACCAACACACGGUUAACAAAGGAAUUGAGAAAAUAUUAGCUAUGCAUCCCAAUGAUCCAAAGAGCUAUGCCGGCGGUAGCAAAGCUACUGUUAGGGAUUCCCAAGCCGGAUUGGUCUGA